CAUAUGCUAUGGAGAAAUCCAUUCACAUUUUAGUUGAACCACCCUUUCCCCGCAUUCCAAAUCGCCGCUUCGUAGUUGUGGCCUGGUUGAUCACUGUAAUAACCUUCGUCAUAUAUGGUACUAUCAGGACUGGCGCCGACUGGAAAUUUUUUGGUUCUCGAGGCUCAGACGUACUGAUCUCACACUGCAGGAGCGUUGUGCCCAUCUCGGUUUCUGAAUUCCAUCAGCGCCAGCAGACCCUCGCAGAAACUCUGUAUGAUCUGAACGCGUCUGCGUACAUCGUGGAGCCAAGCGCCAGUAGCUUGUACUAUGCCAACAUCUCCAGCAGCUCGUGGCACCUCUCCGAAAGGCCGCUCCUUUUCAUUAUAUCCCCGCGACUCUCAGAGGAUGGUACCAUACGGGCGGAAUCAUCCAUCUUGACUCCUGUCUUUGAGGCCACUCGCGCUAAACAGCUUCCCGUCGCGGCAACCAAUGUAUCAUAUCCAGAAUGGCCUGAAGACGUCAGCCCAUAUCAAGUUGCCGUCCGUACGUUGUCAGCGGGCAGCAAGAUCUUCGUCGACGGAAGCGUUCGCCAUUUCAUCGUGGACGGCCUUCAGAGUGCAACGUCUCGAGAUCAGGUCCUCAUUGCGCCUGUCGAGAUUCGUCAGCUACGGGAGCGCAAAUCUGCCGCUGAACUCGAGAUUAUGAAGUGUGCUAACGAGGUCACUCUGCUUGCCAUUCGCGCUGUUCGCGACAAAUUGAGAGUCGGGAUACGAGAGUCAGAGGCGCGUUCGUUGAUGGAUAACACACUUGCGACUGCAGGACUCAAAGACACUUUUUCGCUUGUUCUGUUCGGUGAGAAUGCUGCGCUUCCCCACGGCUCAGGCACAGAUCGUGAGCUUGGUGAGGGCGAUUUCGCUCUCAUCGACUGUGGGGGCUCGCUUCACGGUUAUCAAAGUGACGUGACUCGAACGUUCCUCUUGCGAAAUUCUGCGCCAUCUACAGACAAUCUUGCGCUAUGGUACAUAGUUCGCGCAGCUCAGAGUCGUGCUUUGCGUGCAGCCCAUGCCGGCGGCCUUACGGGAGAUGUGGAUGAAGCAGCACGGGAAGUUAUAGAUGCGGCAGGGUACGCGAAACACUUCACACAUCGCUUGGGGCAUGGGAUCGGGCUUGAGACUCAUGAGUCCCCUUACUUGCGUGGAGCAUCAAACGAUAUCAUCCAAGUCGGACACACAUUUUCUGACGAGCCGGGCAUCUACAUCGAAGGCCAGGUUGGAAUCCGUCUGGAAGAUUGUUUCUACAUCAAUGAGAAUGGAAAGCCUGUAUAUCUAACCGAGAGAGUAGGCGGACAGGCAGUGAGUCCAUGGGCGCCCUGAGCUGGUUAUAGUGCGUGUAUGUACUAUUUUGGUGUACCCACAAGAGGACACAAUGUCCAAAACAGAGUUCUCUGUUCCC